ACGGCGCAUCCGAAAGAGAGAGAUGCGCGGUGAGAUUACGCGCGCCGGCGCGGACGCGCACACACACAGACACACAUACAGACACACACGCACACGCACAGCACACAGACUCGUCUCGGGUUGUGAGAUAAGUUAGUUCUUCACAAACUGCGGCGGCAGGGCAGGGGGACCGACAGCGGCGGAAAGUUGCGCUCCUGACGCACCGGGAAGCGGCGCGUAAAGGUCCGCGCGUCCUCGCGUGGAGAAGGUGCUGGAUCACUUUAUUGUGAUAGAAAACAAAAACAAAAAAACAAAAACAAACGGGAAGAUCCUCUGGUGACAGGAUCUGAAGUGUAGGGUCAGGAACUGGCACUUGGCACGGAUGCUGUUGGAUGUCGCCGCGCGCGUUCACUCCUGCUUUUGCCUUUUUGGUAUUUUUUUGAAAGAUGGCUUAUUCUCAGCUGGGAUACUCCUACUCAGCCACACCACAGUUCCUGAUGACCCAGAGCUCUCUGUCCGGGACUCCCCCGCCCCACCCGGCGCUGCGCUCCGCGGGCCAGCAGCUCGCCUCCGCCGGCAUCGGCGGCUACAGCGGCUCCUACAAGAGCCAGGGCUACUACAGCUCCCGGCCCGGCGACCCCAGCGCGCUCUACCACAGGGGACCACUCCAUCCCAAAGAAGCCGUAUCCGUGCAUGUGGGGGCAUCUCAGACUCCUGCCUACUAUCCUUAUGAAUACACAUUUGGACAGUAUCCCUAUGAGAGAUAUGGAUAUUCCUGCUCAGACAGUUCCUCACGUCGUAAGAACGCCACUCGAGAGACCACCAGCACUCUGAAGGCGUGGCUGCAGGAGCACCAGAAGAACCCCUACCCGACCAAGGGGGAGAAAAUAAUGCUUGCCAUCAUCACCCGCAUGACUCUCACACAGGUGUCGACAUGGUUUGCAAAUGCACGCAGGAGGCUGAAAAAGGAGAACAAGGUGACGUGGUCGCCGCGGGCUUGUAAAAACUCUGAGGACCGUGGCUGUGAGGACGACAGCGAUGAGGCGGAGAAGCCACCUCAGAGUGACAAAGAUCUUCCCGAUCAACAAUGUGCAGACCUGCAGAGUGACCUGGAGGACUUCGACCUGAACGAGUCGGAUGCUUCCGACAGCGAGCCCAAGCCCCCGUUUCUACCCGAGGACAACAAACCGAACCUCAACGUAGAUAUGAGGCAUCUCAUGCACAACUCAGACCCACUGCGCGGAAGAGAGCGGCUGUCCCCGGACUGCCCCGAACUGACGUCGGCCCAGCGGCAACACAGCUCCUUCUACAUCAACCCAGACCUUCGGAGCUCGGACGCCAAGCCCAAGAUCUGGUCCCUGGCUCACACCGCCGUGUCUCUGGAGGCCGGGGUGCAGCCAGAAUACGCCCCCUGCAUGCUGUCGUCCACGGGGUCCUCCUCUUGCGGGUUCCCCACCACCAUGGCGCUCACCAAGGCGGACAGGCAGCAGGAAUCGCCAGUGGCAACGCUCAGAGAGUGGGUGGACGGGGUUUUCCACGGCCCUCCUUUCCAGCCGCCCAAACACACCGAGGCGUGGAAGGGCUUGGAUGAGGCCAUGGUGGACAGCAGGACACCCACACAGGCCUUUGAGCUGGUUCAGCCCCCUUCACCUUUGUAGACCCCCCCCUAACCCCUCUCCCCAAACACAUCAUCAGUGCAAACUUUUGACUUCUGGACUUGAAACAAAAGUCUGUAUUUGGUUGGUUUGAUGGACGCGACCAACACCUCAAGCAAAACACCUCAAGUAACCCAAAGCCUCACAGCGACGGUGCUUAAUGACAACCGCCAGGCCGUGGUUAGGCGUUUGUAAUUUGACUGGUGUGCCGUUAGGGGUGUUUGAUCCUGUUUUGGCACUUUGAUCGACUCUCCUACGACUUCCAGGCUCCCGUUGAACUUCAGACCCAACGGCAACCGCCCUACCCGAACACUUCCCUGCAGCAAAGCUUGUACAGUUUACACACGUGAAAAACAUACACUGUUGUACACCUGCACCACCGCCUGCACGUGCACCGAGUUAAAUAAAAUAAAAAGAGCAUUCUGUAGCAUGGUAAAGUUCUCUGAGUGUGCCCUUAAAUUAGAUCUCCACUGUUCUGGACGCAGUAAUGGAGUCGUUUCGGACUUUGUUAAUCCUUCUCCGGAUCGGUGGAAUAUACCUCAGCGGCUCUGGAUAUGCGUGUGUGUGAGAGACUUGAGUGUUUGUGUGUGUUUGGAUGGAGUGAAAGGGGGAAAGUGGGUGGUAUUCAGCCGUGACUAAUGGAAACACACAGAGGAGGGUGCUGCUAAAUUGUUAAAUCGAUGCCACUUCCACCUCAGCUCCAGAUAUAGCUGCAAUCAGCGAUGCGUCCCUUUUCAUUAGGCGGCUUUUGACUUUGUCAACCUUGGACAGCGAGAAAAAAUACACAAUGAGCAAAAGACCUCGUAGAAUUGCUGGUAAUUUUAACUAACUGUCACAUCUUUAUCUAGUGGGUGAUGUUUUUUUUUUUUGUUUUUUUUUUCAUGCAGGGAAAUUUAAGCAACAUCACAACAUCAACAUCAAUGGACUGAAAUAUUUUAUUCAAACAUGAACUUCCAUUGACUUUAAUUACUUGAAAAAAUAAUGUAACAAAACACUGAACCCACACAAAAGCAGAGCGAGAAAAAGUCUUUUUUUUCACCCCUCGUCUUUCUCCUUCUCCUGGUUUUUCUUUCUUUUUUCGUUUCUUUUUUCGGUUCAGGAACGGUGAUAAAGUAUUCAUCAGAACAGAGGAGGGAUCUGCCUGGGCUUUGUAUGGAAUUAACCAUUUCGGAUUAAAUAAUUCAGGAUGAAUUCAACCGAGAAUUUCAUUCUGUUUCUGCCUCAUAAAUAAGUAACUUUUAAGAUGAUAAAUAAUGACAUCUGACUUCUUAUUUCUGUAAAGUUUUCUUUCUUCCACUCGCUGGUGGACAGGCUCCCAUCGUGGGGGGGCGGCUAAUAUAUCUUUUAUACUUCUGCUCAAGAUUUUCACUUAUUCUGUUUAAAAUUAAUGUUGCAGAACCAAUUCAAUUAGGUUCCUCUUUAAAAAAAGAGCGAGAGGCAUAUUGGACUCUAAAAGAGGAGUUGAUAUUGUCAUGAAAGAUGGGGAAGGCAGUCAGAUAAGAGGGAGUGGGAGCUGAGUGUUGUUAAGAAUCCAUUCAUAAGCUUGUUCUCAUCCUUUGCUGUCUGACACAUAUCGUUUUGUACUGAGUUACCGUGACUACGGAUUACUAAAAAGGCACAAAUGUCUCACUUUUGUUAAAGGACAUUAAAUCAGACCUAAGGCUGGAGAAAAACAUGAUGUUUGUUUGUUGGUAAUGCAACAUAUUUUAACCUGCAUUUUCAAAGUUCCUUUGAUUCUGUAAAGUA